AUGUGGCAUCUUGUUCAACUCCAAUCAGAAGAUCAUGUUAUUGGCAAUGGUAUCAGCAAGAAGAGCAUCUUCACGGCGCUCGGUCUCCCGGAUAAAAUCGGCGGCGCGGUAAUCGACGCUCUCUUCUCCCGGGGCGCCCGCCUGUGGAACGUCGAGGAGGAGGCCGACAAGCUGCGGCGCACCAAGGAACGCAUCCGCGCCGUGCUCGAGGACGCCGAGCAGCGCCGCUUCGUCGACCACGACUCCGUCAGGCUCUGGCUCCGGGAGCUCAGGGCCGCCGCCUUCGACGUCGACGCCCUGCUCGACAGCCUGGGCACCAUCACGGCCGUGUCCAGGCUAGCGGCGGCCGAGCAGUCGCGGAAGCGGAAGCGGCUCUGGCCCAGCGUCGAGCUCGGCCCGCGGCAGCGGUGGGAGCUGGAUGAGAAGAUCGCCAAGAUCAACGAACGCCUCGACGAGAUCAACAGGGGCAGGAAAAGGUACAGGUUGCAAGCUGGAGACGGGAGUAGGACGGCGGCUCAGCCGAUGCAGCGCCCGCGGUUCCUUGAAUCUGCCGCGCAUCGUGACGAGAGGCCCAUUGGCCGCAACGAAGAGAUGGAGCAGAUUGUCCGUGCUCUGGUUUCUGACAGUGCAGAAAUGGAGGUGAUUUCCAUCUGGGGAACGGCAGGCAUUGGGAAGACAGCACUGGCACAGUCGGUUUACAAAGAUCCUGAGGUACAAAACUUCUUCACUGACAAGAUCUGGGUUUGGUUACCAGAUAGGUGUGAUAUGAGGAAGGCCACCAAAACGAUCAUUGAAGCUGUGACCAGUCAAAAAUGUGAACUUCUAAGCUUGGACAUAUUGCAGCAGCAGCUGCACGACCACCUACAUAAAAAGCACUUCUUGCUGCGAUUUGGAAGCAAGGUUCUGAUCACUACUCAACACGAAAGGGUGUCUAGGAUGAGUUCCCCCAUUCUAAACAUCCAUUUGGAGCGCUUGGAAGAUGAAGAAUGCUGGCAAAUCCUCAAACUCUAUGCGUUCUUGGGGUGGAGCAGCAGAGAUCAGCAUGGUCUGGAAUCCAUUGGGCGGAGGAUUGCUGCCAACUGCCAAGGCUCCCCAUUAGCUGCUAAAUCUCUUGGGGUGCUAUUGUCCGACACUCAUGGAGACAAAGAACAGUGGGAAAGCAUACUAGGUGAAAUGCAGAUUCUUGAAGAUGACAAAAACACAAACAAUAUAUUACCAAGUUUGCAGAUAAGUUAUCAGCACUUGUCGUAUCAUCUCAAACAAUGUUUUGCCUUCUGUUCAAUACUUCCUCCUGGUGUUGAGUUUGAGAAGGAUGAGCUGGUUAGACUCUGGAUAGCUGACGGUCUUGUUAAGAGUAAUGGAAGGAAAAGGGUUGAGAUGGAAGCAGGAAGAUGUUUUGAUGAGCUCCUAUGGAGGUCAUUCUUUGAAACAUCCCACAACUUCCCUAAUCAAAAGUUUAGAGUGCCAAGUUUGAUGCUUGAGCUAGCACAACUUGUUUCUAAACAUGAAUCUCUAACUCUCAGCACUGAGAAUUCACCUGUAGUUGACCAUCCUGAGUGGAUCCGCUAUACAACCAUAUUGUGCCCGAAAGAUGAGCCUCUUGCAUUUGACAAGAUUUAUCACUAUGAAAAUUCGAGGCUCUUGAAAUUAUGCCCCACAAUGAAACUACCCUUGAAUCAGGUACCAUCGGCACUUUUCUCGAAGUUAACUUGUCUGCGUGCACUAGACCUGAGUUACACUGAGCUAGACCUCCUGCCAGAUUCUGUUGGGUUCUGUAUACACCUCAGAUACCUCAAUCUUCGGAAUACUCUGAUAAAGACUCUUCCAGAAACAGUCAGCAACCUAUUCAAUUUGCAGACACUUGACCUCAGGGACUGCUAUUGGCUCAUGGAUUUGCCUACAGGCUUGAGCCGAUUAGUUAACUUGCGGCACCUUAGUUUACAUAUUGAUUGGGAUAGAGUUACUACUUUUAGAUCAAUGCCAAGUGGCAUUGACCGUUUACAGUCACUUCAAACUCUUUCCAGAUUUGUUGUGGUCUCCAGGGAUGGAGGCAAGUGCAACAUUAAUGAGUUGAAGAAUUUGAAGAUCCGCGGAGAGCUUUGUAUUCUUAAUUUGGAAGCUGCCACUAAUGAUGGUGUCAUGGAGGGCAAUUUGCGCGGGAAGGAGUACUUGCGUGAAUUGAUGCUGAAAUGGAGUGAGGACACCUGCAAGGACGAGCAGCAGCAGGGCAUAGAGAACAGUGAGACGAUCAUUGAGGCACUCUGUCCACAUACCAGCCUUAAGCAUCUGCGCAUCGAAAAUUACCCUGGAAGACGAUUUCCUUCUUGCUUCGAGAACCUCUCGGCUCUGGAAUCCCUGGAGAUAAUUUCUUGCCCCAGGCUCACUCAAUUUUCCGUGCAGAUGAUGCAAUCUCUCAGGACUUUAAGGAUACGUCAAUGUGCUGAUCUUGCAGUUCUUCCCAGAGGCCUGUGCAACCUAGAAUCCCUUCAUUGUCUGGAAACCGAUGGCGCUCCAAAUCUGAGAAUAAGUGCAGUGGUCAUAUUGCCAAGAAACAUCUCCCAAUUGGUUGUAAGUGGAUGCGAUGCAUUAGAGAGAUGGUGCCUGGAAGAAGGCGCUGAGAGAGUGCAGCAAAUUCCUGAUGUAAGGAUUCAAUUGAGUAAUUGA